AUGGUGGCUACGCAGGAAGUGAAACAGCUGGACUGACUCGGAAGGCAGAUUGGUCAUAUUCUAUUUCAGUAAAAGGGGCACCGGCAGAUUGUAUGUCUUUCUCUGUGCACGCACUGACAUACCUUACAUUUAUAUAUGUUCAUACAAAACGUGACAAUACAAUGAACACAACACUAUGUAAUUCAGACUGACCAACAACACACCUUCCAAACCAGGUCAGAUUGGAUAAUACGGAAGUUAGAUAAAUGGCUAACAAACAGCGAGAACUCCCAUCCUGGAUGGAAAGGAUGGGUAAGGAAGGCAACUGCUUCACCAGGAAAGUUACAACCAAAACAAAAAAGAAGUUUACCCCGAGGGUUACAGUCUAUUUUAUGAACGAGUGGGAGCUGGUGCAAAACGCUCUCGUCUUCGGGGAUUUGGAGGACAAAAUAUGUCACGUUGAAGGACUUACAGAAAAGGUACUCAAACCAGAAGGCGGUCUGGUGAAGAAGAGAAGACAAGAAGCAGGAAUGGACUCUAAUGAGCAGGGUACCCUUGAGGCGAGGACAAGCGCAUUAGAAUCAGAUUUGGACACAGCAGAGCUAGAGACUCUCCCUUAUGGAAAUACUAACCAGGGGCACAAAUCAGGCAAUGAAGAAUGCACAACCAGCACGUUGACAGACCAUCAGCCUGACACUGUAUCUGAUGAUGAAGCUUUGAAACUUGUAAGGGAGAUUUUUUUCACAUGAUGGUGAGGCCUUAAUCUUUCAAGAUCAUCUGUCAUGAGAUACAGUGGCUCCCUUCAUCUUUCACUAUGUAAAGAGUACUGGACAUGGGAAUGGAAUCGGAAGAACUGUCUUCUGUAUAACGGGAAAUGUCUACACAUAUACGGAAAGGAUAGUGAUGACAUUUUUUCCUAGGAGAGUCAAGGGCUUCCCAAUGUUUGCUGCCGUCUUUAAACCCAAAGUUAAAGUGCUCUCCAUGGCAGUGAAUGUGACUCCAUACAGAGUUGCUGUACACUGAGGUGGAGUGUGGAGUGUCUAUAAUACAAAAUGGCCAUAGUCUGGCCAUAAUACUCCUACUCUUUACAUUCAUUGUUGUAGGGUUUCUCAUAAUAACUCAUAAUGAGGAUACAUCUUAUGUCCUGUGAAAUAAGAAUUAAGAUGCCAAGAUAACACCAUUCACCCGGUAGGGCAGCAUCAUAUCUGGUUCCAUUUUCAUGGAAGAAAGAUAACUUAUGUGAAACAUCAAACCCAGUUAGUAAAUAAAUACACAUGAAUUGCUUGUUACCAUAUCCAUAAACCUUUUUGUGCACCUGCUGUAAAAUGUUAAUAAACUUUUCUUGGUUUCCUGGAAUUUUA